GAUAAAUUGCCCAUGGACACAGAUGCCAAAUUCGCAAAAGGCAUCUCCGCCCAGGAGACCUCGCGGAUGCCCCACAUUGACCCCGCAACAUCGACCCUCGAGCUUCCCGUUACAAUGGUUCGACCACCUUCGAGCCCCUCAAUGGUAUCAACAGUGAGGCUGCUUACUGGUACACGAACGAAAAGCCCUGAGGAACAAUUGAAUGCGGGAGCAUCACAUCAGGUUUACCGGAUCCCAUCUCCUUGCGCCAGCUUCGUUCCAUAUCCCGCCUGUUGCAUCACGCGUAAUUGCUUGUCAAUGACCAGGUACACUACUUGACUGCUCCCCUUCUCCCACCUUUCCUUUCAAGUGUAUCGUCAACAUGAAGUUUCCCCUCUUUGCACCAUACCUCAUAACUUCUUCACUGGCCUUGUGGCCGAUUCCCAAGUCAUACGAGCAUGGAGACGCUGUACUCUGGAUAUUGAAAAACGUAACAUUCUACUGGUAUGAGGCUGGCGUAAGAAAUUUAGACUACCACACUGGUCAAGCACCCUUCCUCUUCGCGUCCAAUUCUAAUACAGACACUCUUUCACAGAUCAACGCUGGCGAAGGUUUGAGCCUUCAUAGGCACUACACAGAGCCCUUCCAAGACUACAAUCACGAAAGAGAAGUCGAAGGAGUAUCCAGCGAGGACAUAAUCGACUACGCUAUUCGAUCGGCCUGGAAGACAAUCUUAAAGCAGGGGUUUUAUCCAUGGAAAUUUCACCCGCGGAAUUGGGACGAGCCGAGUCGAGGAAAGAAGGCCAGAUAUGUGGACCACGUCAACAUCUGUCUCCUCGCCUCCGACUUGUCAGACGUCGCAAAGGCACUGGCAGGAGAUGUGGAUGAAUCGUACACCCUCAUUUUGACGGAGGAGGGCGUUGCAACAGUGGCCGCGAACAGUAGCGUCGGUAUUGCGCGAGGCUUGACGACCUUCACGCAACUCUUCUUUCAGCACUCAGAUGGAGAACAUGUCUACACGCCCCUGGCCCCUAUCACGAUCCAGGAUGAACCGAAAUUCGAGCACCGAGGCAUCAACCUGGACGUAUCGCGAAACUUCAUCCCCGUCCCAGACAUCAAACGUCAAAUCGAUGCCGCUGCCUACACCAAGAUGAACCGUCUCCACCUCCACGCCACAGACUCGCAGUCCUGGCCUCUAGAAAUUCCCUCAUCGUCCAAUCUCGCCCGCAAAGGAGCGUAUCGCCCAGACCUAAUUUACACCGCCGCCGACUUUGCAGAUUUGCAGCGCCACGCAGCGCUCCAGGGCAUUCAACUGAUCACCGAGAUCGACAUGCCGGGCCAUACAUCCAGCAUCUGGUACUCUGCCCCCGACCUCAUCGCCGCAUACAACCAGCAACCAGACUGGGAUACGUACGCCGCCGAGCCACCCUCCGGCACGCUCAAGUUGAACUCGACAGCAGUGGAUAAGUUCCUGAAUACGCUGUUUUCAGAUUUGAUGCCAAGAGUGAAACCGUACACGGCGUACUUCCACACCGGCGGCGACGAAGUGAACCUCAACGCGUACUCCCUGGACGACACGGUCAAGUCGAGCGAUCCAGAGGUCUUGCAGCCGCUGAUGCAAGCCUUCGUCUCCACGAACCACGAGCGGGUGAGGAAAGCAGGUCUUACGCCUGUUGUGUGGGAAGAAAUGCUCUUGACGUGGAAUCUGACACUUGGUUCCGACGUGAUCGUACAAAGCUGGCAGAGCGACGAAGCCGUCCUCUCCAUCGUCCAAGCCGGCCACAAAGCGCUGGUUGGGAACUACAAGUACUGGUACCUUGACUGCGGCAAGGGCCAAUGGCUCGACUUCGCCCCCGGCUCCCCUUCAAGAGACGCCUGGCCGUACGAUGAUUACUGCGCGCCCUUCCACAACUGGCGGCUCAUCUACUCGAAGGACCCCUACGAAGGCAUCCCUGAACACCUCCAACACCUGGUCAUCGGCGGCGAGGCUCAUAUGUGGGGCGAGCAGACCGAUGUGGUAAACUUGGAUCAGAUGGUUUGGCCGAGAGCUGCAGCGGUUGGGGAGGUGCUGUGGAGUGGUGCAAAAGACUCUGAAGGUCAAAACAGAAGCCAGAUCGAAGCCAGCCCAAGGCUGAGCGAUCUGAGGGAAAGGCUGCUGGCGAAGGGGGUUAAGGCCGAGCCGGUGAGGAUGCCGUAUUGUGAAAUGGAGAGUGAGGGGGGGAGGAGACCCCAGUGCCAGUUGGGCCUGACUUAAUCGGUAGUGGCUGAAUUCGUUGACCUGUUGGUUAGCGAAGGAUGUGUGUGCAUCAAG